AUGAGCGAUACCGAGAAUGACGGAUUCGUAGACACGGAGAUGCCUGGGCCGAGCAAACCAAGAAAAGGUACUCAAGAGGGCAGCAUACCCACGGAAAUUUACCGCAUCGGCGUAAAAGUGCCUGUAUUUUGGCCGGAGAAACCUGCAGUAUGGUUCGCUCAAAUGGAAUCUCAAUUUACUGUUUCCAAUAUUACCGCGGACGCGACCAAAUACAAUUACAUCGUCGCGCAGCUCGAUUCCCAAUAUGCUGCCGAGGUGGAGGAUAUAAUUGUCUCGCCACCAGCCACUGACAAAUAUAAAAAGAUUAAAGAUGAGCUCAUCAAAAGACUGUCGGUGUCUCGGCAGAAGAAAGUAAAGCAGCUACUUAGUCAGGAAGAGUUGGGUGAUAGAAAACCUUCCCAGUUUCUCCGCCACCUGCGUCAUUUGGCAGGGCCGAAUAUACCCGAUGAGUUCCUAUUAUCUAUCUGGACGUCUCGCCUGCCAAGCAACAUGCAAUUUGUGAUCGCGUCGAAGCACAAUGACCCAAUUGAAGAGCUCGCUGAGUUGGCUGACCGUGUUCACGACGUAGCAACUCCUCAAGUAGCCGCAGCAUCGACGCCUGAUCCUCAAAUGGCUAUUCUCAUACGUCAAGUGAGUGAGUUGACUAAACAUGAUAACACUAAAAAGUCAGCUCGAUAG